GCCUCCUUUCAUUUUCCUCAUAAAUCUCUCCAUUCUUAUCUACCAUUUUCAAGAAAUUCAAAAAAAAUAAAAAUAAAUAAAUAAAUAAAUUUGUUUUGAUCCAAAAUCACACAAAUCAGCCCAACUGAAAAGCCCUUGUUCAUCAUCCCCUGUUUCCCCAACCCCCUUAUCCUCACACAUUUAUUUCUUCGAAAAAAUCGAAAACAUGUCGACCACUACUUCGACUUUCGUCUCUCAUCAAGGGCUACAAUCCUGCUUAGAUCCCUUCUUGCUCCAGCCACGUGUCAUAUUUCACCAAUUGUCUCCACAAACACCACCACCACCCUUAUCCACUCUCCCUUUCCCUAAGAAACAACCCGAAACCCCGCUCGAAAAAAUACCCGAAAACGAUAAGAACUAUGUCCAUCCACUAAUCAAGAAUUCGUCGACUUCGUCUUCUUGCCUCAGCUUAAAAAGCCUCGAAAUGUGCACCGAGAGCUUGGGGAGCGAAACCGGAAGCGGCAUUGAUUUGAAUAUCGACGAACUCCGUUAUCAUAUUUACGAUGAUGAUGAUGAUGAUGAUGAUGAUGAUGAUGUGCUGGAAAAACAGAGCAACGACGUCGCCAGAAUCGAGAAUGCGAAAGCUAAGAAGGGCGGCGGCGGCAAUAAUUUUCCGCCUCCGUUGAGUUCCAUCGCCGGAGGCGACGGCGUCCAGGUGCAGACUCACCGCGAAGGUGGCCGCCUCGUGAUUAAGGCCUUCAGUUUUUCUUCCUCCGCCACUUAUUUUCGGGCGGAGAGAGAAGAUGGGAGGCUCAGGCUUUCUUUGCUCAAAGAUAGUAAUUUUUUCGAGAGCGAAAACGAUGAACUAGAAGACGAACAAGUAAACGGAGAUGAGCUCGAGUUAUGCAUAUGCGAAGAGAGUGAUGAUGACGUGGACAAUGAUGAAGAAGAAGAAGAAGAAGAAGAUUCGAAUGGUGAGUUUUGGAAAGUAGGGGGUGUAAAUGGGGGCGGAGAUCAAUGGUCCACAAGCAGUAGGUGGUGCAAUGGGGGUACCAGUAGCAGAAAGAGGCUCCCCAGUUUGCCUUUCUGUGUUGCCAUUUCUUGAAAAUAAGAUUGUUGACUUUAUUUAUGUUACUGCUUUGACUUUCUUUCUUUUUUUUUUUUUCUUUUUUUUGGGAGAUGGCAGUUAUUAUGGUUAGGAGAAGUGAUGAUCCACUAUUAUUUUCAGGGCCCGUUUCAAAGGUUGUUAGCAAGAUUUGGGCCUUUUGGUAGUUAGGCAACUGUUUUGGGUUGAUUAAUUAUUAUUAUUAUUAGUUUUUAAUCUUGUGGUUA